UCCAAGAUGGCUCCUGCCUGUGUAGUUUUUAUAUAUCUCUGAGCCACUCAGUUUUAUUAGAUUUUAUCAACCUGUAAAUGUGAAAAAGGUUUACUGAGCAUUGAGCAUGUCUGUUUUGUACACCGCUGCUUCUAAUGUAGAAAGAAAUUUCAAACAUUUAACAGCAACCAAAUUGCAAAUAUGCACCCUAUUUUAUUCAUUACUGAGUCUUUAUAAGUCAUUUAAAUCUGAAAAUUGAAUGUGUAUCUAUGGGCCUCACAAAUCACUUAAACAUGAAAUGAGUGUUUGUUGCUAUGACCUCAUAAGUCACAAAAACCCAAACAUGUCCUCACAAGUAGCAUCGAAAAUCAGGUCUGCCCAAAAUAUAGCCUUAGACAAAAUCUCAGCAGAUGGAUCUAUUCCUUGAAGCAUUGGUAGGAAAUUAUUUGAUAACCAGGUCUGUUGGACUUGGGAAAGGCAUGUCCUAAUAUUUCACGUUUUUUUCACAAGUCCCGAUAUAUCAUGAAAACAAGUGUAAGUGUGUGUGUGUCUUAAAUAGUGUGAGUGUGAUAUGGUGCAGGUGUAAUCAGUCCCAGGAAUGCGGGCCUAUGGGAGAUGGAGUCUGGAUAGGUGUAUGUCAAUAUUCAGGUGACGGCUCCCUCCGGCGGCCCGGAGGAUGCACCGGGGGAGCUGCAUUCGUGACAGUUAGCAAGUUAACCUUGUUUUUUUUUUUUUUUUUUUAAUGUUAAAUGAAAUGUUUUAACUGUCUUUAUGGGGACACCUUGUCUAAGUGGGGAUUGCAUUAUAUGCAUGAUACCUUCUAUUUGUCAUGUUUGACUGAUUACAGGUUGCCUUCCAAAACCACAUGGACACAGAUUCCAGCUCUGCAGAAGAUGGGAAUGUGUCCCACUCCAAUCACAAGUUUAAAAAACAAAUGCUUGGAUAUGAUUCUGAAGACUCACUAAGCAGCAUGGAAAUAACAGAGGAUGAAUAUGUGCCAGGGUCAGAUUGUGAAAGUGAGACCAGCUCAGAGGGAGGCAGUAUAUUAAAGAAAAAUGCUGCCACCAUGGCCAGUCCUGCUGUUAAAGAUGGAACAAGAAAAACAUACAAGGGACCUAGAAACCGGAACUCUGAAUCUGACACAUCUGGGGGAAGCUCCAUAACUUCACUUACAGUCAUGCACAGUCAAAAGACUGACGAUGGAUCUAGAAGAUACACCAAAAAACAUUACUGUCUCUUUUGUGAGAAACCACAAUCCAAAAUCGCCAGGCAUCUGGAACUUGUUCAUAAAGAUCAAUCUGAAGUCGCUAAGGCCAUUUCAUCUCCAAAGAACUCCAAGGAAAGAAAGAUCCAACUGACUAUACUAAGGAAACAGGGGGACAGAGCACACAAUGUAGAUGUCAUUACACAGGGAAAAGGUGUCAUUGUUCCAUGUAAACAAGCGAGUUCUCCAAAUGUCAAUCCAAAUAAAUUCUUACAUUGUGCAAAUUGCCAAGGACUUUUCAAAAAAAGAUUUCUUUGGAAACAUAUGAAAAGGUGCCCACUUCGAGGUGUUCUUCCAAAACCUGGUAGAACUCGAGCCCAAUCGAUUUGCGCCUUUGCGCAACCUGUGCAGGAAGGAGUUAGCAAGGGACUGUGGAAACUUCUCAGUGAUAUGAAACAAGGUGAAGUGGUAGAUGUCAUAAAGAGUGACCAUUGUAUUCUCAAGUAUGGCGAGCAGAAAUACAACAUCAUGGGACACCGGCGUUCUGAUCAUGAACUGAUCCGUCAGAAAAUGCGUGAGUUAGGGAGACUGGUUUUGAAAGGAAGGCAGGUGUCCCUUCUCAAAUCACUUGAGGAAUACAUUGAUCCAGCCAACUUCCAACACACAGUUAAUGCAGUUAAAGCUGUUACAGGGUUUCAGCGUGAGACAAAUAAGAUAGUGGUGCCAACGCUAGCCAAGAAACUUGGUCAGAGCCUCAUGAAGGUUGCCGACAUUGUAAGUUGUGAUGCAAGAAUCUGCGGUGACACAACAAAACUUCAAAAAGCAGAGGACUUCAAACACAUCUAUCAGACACGCUGGAGGGAGAUGAUCUCAUGUCAUGCUUACAAUACCCUGGAAGAAAAAAGGUACAACGCUCCACUGAUCUUGCCAUUUGCAGAUGAUGUCAAGAAACUCCAUAUAUAUUUAAAGGAGAAACAGCAAGAAUACUACAGCACACUUUUUAAUGCACCGAACACCAAGACCUGGGCAAAACUGGCUAAAGUCACUCUUGCACAAAUGAUCAUCUUCAACAGAAAAAGGCAAGGGGAAGCCUGUCUGAUGCCAGUACAAUCAUUUGAGUCUCGAGACAACUCUACUUUAAACAUUGAUAUUGCUGACUCUCUCUCAGAAGUUGAACGAGCACUAUGCAAGUACUUUAGUCGUGUAGAAAUCCGUGGAAAGCACGGAAGGAAAAUUGCAGUACUUUUGGCACCGGAAAUGAUCAAAUCCAUGGAGUUGCUGGUUAAAACGCGUGAAGUUUGCGGUGUUCCGAAGGAGAACAUCUACAUGUUUGCAAUCCCAGGCUGCGAGACAUCAUUUCGUGGAUCAGACUGCCUCCGCCGCUUUGCCAUGGAGUGUGGUGCUAAAUGUCCAAAAGCCCUAUCGUCCACCAAGUUGCGCAAACACAUCUCUACAAUGUCCAGAGUUCUUAACCUGAAUGACACCGAAAUGGACCAACUUGCUGAUUUCCUGGGACAUGAUAUUCGUAUCCACAGGAAAUAUUACAGAUUACCAGAGGGAACACUCCAGCUGGCAAAAAUCACCAAAGUCUUGAUGGCAAUGGAGCAGGGAAGGCUUAACGAAUUCAGAGGGAAAGGUCUUGACCAGAUCAACAUCAAUCCAACAGAGUGCGUUGAGCCUGAUGCUGGGAUGGAGAGUGAAACAGAACGGUCAGAUCAUUCUCAUGAUGUGACAUCAAGUGAGCCAGCAGGCACUUCAGGAGUGAAUAGCAGCAGGCCAGUAAACAAGAAUGAAGGAUCUCCAGAGAGGACACGGGAGGUCAUGAAAGUAACAUCAGUUCCUAGGAAGAGAAAGUGGAGUGAGGUGGAGAUUGCGGCUGUAGAAGACAAAAUGAUUAAAUUUAUUCACUCGGGAGUUACUCCUGGAAAAGUCGACUGCAUUGCAUGCAUUACAGCAGCCCCCAAAGCCCUCGGUGAACGAGACUGGCAGUCGGUAAAGUAUUAUGUAAAAAACAGAAUCACAGCAUAUGAGAGAAAGACCACUAAAAAGUAAGGUUGAUUUUGGUUGUUGAUUCUGUUUUUGCAUUUUAGUUGAAUUAUAUUACCUGUUUUUUUUUGUCUCAAUACCAUGGUUGGAAACAUUAUAAUGUGAUUUAAGUUUUGAAAGAGUUAAAACGGCUCGAUGUUGGUUGUAAAUUUGGUGCUAGUUUUACUGUACAGUAGCCAUACGACAGAGUGCCUAUAGUUUUCAAUGCCUUUAUUCAGGCCCCUUUACGUUUCACAUUUUUAAUUGUGUUGUGGAUUUAAUUUUAAAUUGAUUAAUUUAUUUUCUGAUGGCACAUUAGACGAAACACAUCAUAAAAAAAAUAUGUUGUAAUAUCUGGUGGCAAGCACGGAACCCAUACUGUACUGAUUAAAUUUGGCUGUAGAUUCAA